GAUGUCAACGCGAUACUACGCACAUUCUUUUUAAAUAUAGUUUAAACUACAAAAAUCGGCAAACAGAAUCGUUGUUUGACAUUUAUAAGCAUAUUUAUUAUAAGUGUGUAUAAAUGUAAAAUAUCUGACCGUGCAUAGAUCUAAUACUAGCUGAGGCUAAUGAACAGCUAUCUGCUGUGCUGUUCUGUUGCGUAGUCUUCUUCAGAUGUGGAGUGGAUAUAUCAAUAGAGUCUGUGCGACUAGCUCGCCGUCGAAGCGGAUCGUUGGCGGUACAGACAGCGAUAUCACCGAGUUCCCACACACGUGCUCGCUCAGAUACAACGGAAGUCCAUCCUGCGGCUGCUCAAUCCUCGGGCCCCGGAAGGUGUUGACGUCCGCCAACUGUGUGGUGGGAAGAACAGCCUCUCAGAUGUCGGUCCAUCACGGGUCGAGCAGUUUGCUCGGGAGUAGUGUUGACGUCAUCGACUUCAGAGUGCACGAGAAUUUCCGAAACGAACCUGGCCAUGCCGAUGGGUCGUAUGCUAACAACAUCGCCGUCAUCGACGUCGCUGAAGAUAUUGGCGGCGCCAUUGCUGUCGCCUCACCGGCAGACGGCAACUUUGCCGGGGAAAACUGCACCAUAACAGGCUGGGGCAGCGUCGACGGUUCGUACAAUCUGUCCCAAACACUGCAGAAAGCUGAGAUCACAGUGCUGACAAACCAAGAGUGUGCUGACGCCAUGUCGGGUAUCGGUAUCAUCAACGAGGCCACCCACAUCUGCGUCAAGUCGCCUAGGAACGACACGGGCGGAUGUCACGGCGACUACGGCGGCCCGUUGACAUGCGAUACGGUCUCAGGGCCCGUGUUGGCUGGUGUCAUGUCCUGGGGGGUGGGGCAGCUGUGCGACACGUCCUACCCAACUGGGUAUACCAGGCUCAGUAGCUACGUGGACUGGAUUUAAAGAGACGGUCGCUUAAAACUUUCCGACAGUUCACCUUUAAAGGGACUGUCACUUAAAACUAACCGACAGUGCACCUUUAAAGGAACUGUCACUUAUAAACUAACCGACAGUGCACCUUUAACGGGACUGCCACUUAAAACUAACCGACAGUGCACAUUUAAUUGAACUUUAUCCACAGCUUGCUGCCUUUGUGACAUGUUUACGACUAAGGCGCAAGUUUUAUUUGUCCGUAAACCGCAUGCGUAUUCGUAAUACGUAAUUCGCAUCAAUAAUUUUAUUUUUAAUGGUAAUGUGUUGUGCAGAUUCCAUUAAUGCGUCCGUCUUCGUGUGUGUAUCCGAUAACCGUAAGCAUUGUGGAUUACAGAUACAAAUACGGAUACGUAUACGCAUACGGAUUACGGACAAACCCGACAUGUAAUAAAAAUAUAUUUAUAAUUAAA